AUGGCCGCUCCCCGCUCCCUCUUCCACCUUGCCUACCACGUCCGUGACCUCAACGUCUCGCGCCAGUUCUACAAGUCGGUCCUCGGCUGCCGCGAGGGCCGCAGCACCGACACCUGGGUCGACUUUGACUUCUUCGGGCACCAGAUUUCGCUCCACCUCGGCGAGCCCUUCAAGACGACCAACACGGGCAAGGUUGGCGACCACAUGGUGCCCAUGCCCCACCUGGGUGUUAUUCUCGAGUACCCCGAGUGGCGCUCGCUCGCCGACCGUCUCAUCGACGCCAAGACCGAGUUCGUCAUGGAGCCGCAGAUCCGCUUCGAGGGCCAGCCCGGCGAGCAGUACACCAUGUUCUUCCGCGACCCGAGCGGAAACCCCAUCGAGGUCAAGGGCUUCAAGGACCUCGCUACUGUCUACAACGCUUAG